AUGGACAGCGCCCUCGUCAAGCAAUCAUCGGUGCACAAGAAAAUCACCAAAAAGAUCUUUAAACCCUCCAAACAGAGCAUCCACAAGAAACCCAAACCCCAACAACCAAGAGAAUUUCUAUUUCCCAAAGACCCCCCAAAAGUCAUCCUUAUUUCCGUCACGGACCCAUACGCCACCGAUUCCUCCGACGAAGAUGAAGACGGUGGCCGCCGCCGACAGCGCGUCAAGAAAUACAUCACCGAAAUCAGAAUGGAGCAGGGGAACUCCUCCAACGGCCGGAAACGGACCGCCGACGGCCUCCAGCCCAAGCCCGCGGAGGCUCCUCCCGACGCGGCGGACGGCGGCUCUAGGAAGUUCCGAGGCGUGCGGCGGAGGGCGUGGGGCAAGUGGGCGGCGGAGAUCAGAGACCCCCACAAGAAGGCGAGGCUCUGGUUGGGCACCUACGACACGGCCGAGGAGGCCGCCAUGGUCUACGACAGCGCCGCCAUAAAGCUACGCGGCCCGGACGCCGUCACCAACUUCUCCGUCCCGCCGGAGAGGGAUCUGCUACAGCCGCCGCCGUCGUAUUCCGGCGCCGGCUACGACUCCGGCGAGGAGUCCCGCAGCUUGCACUCGCCGACCUCCGUCUUCCGGUUCAGGAGCGCGGAUCCGCAGCCGAGCCGGUCCGUCUCGGUCCAGGAUUUGGGAAAUGUGCCGCCCGAACCGUGUGUCUCUGUGGAGGGUCCGGUUAUCCAUGAGGUGAACCGGGCCGUUUGUUUUUCUGAACCGGUUCUUGAGCCGGUUCAACAGGCGGACGAGUAUCAGGGGGAAACAAGUGUUGUGCCUGAUUAUUCUAACGGCUACUUGCCUACGGACUCGCCGUUCUUGGAUUCUUUCUUCAAUUUUCAGCCGCAGGAUCAAACGUUGUUGUUCGAUGAUGGGUUGGGCCUUACCAAUUUUGACAAAUCCGAUUGUUUCACAGAAUGGGCCGAUAGCUUUCCGGAUUUUGAAUCCAAUUAUGGGGAGAUUAAGGAUUCGUUUCAAGAUCACGAGUUGCUUGAUGUUGGCGACUACUUUCAAGACGAUGUUGCUUGA